CCACCACUGGACGGUUUCAAGUUCCCCCGGCUGAAACCCUGCCUGAUUUGUGGGCAAUGUUGGGGAUGUAGAAAAAAAAAAAAAAAAAAAAAAAAAGGAAACCGGAGCACAGAGAGCGCAAGGGAGAGAUAGGGAGACAACACUAACUGGGUAGCUAUGGAGAUAGUGGGUUUUCCUGGUAGCUUUCUUUGACAGGUGUCGAGUGGGAUAAAAUAAAGUAUCACAACAGCCUCCAAGAUGUACGGCAAGGGUAAAGGAGCUGUGGUCCCCUCCGAUAGCCAAGCAAGAGAAAAGUUAGCGUUAUAUGUGUACGAGUACCUUCUACAUGUGGGAGCACAGAAGUCAGCACAGACCUUCCUGUCUGAGAUUCGAUGGGAGAAGAAUAUUACAUUAGGGGAGCCACCUGGAUUCCUCCAUUCAUGGUGGUGUGUAUUCUGGGAUUUGUAUUGUGCAGCUCCAGACCGAAGGGAGACAUGUGAACACUCCAGUGAGGCAAAGGCCUUCCACGACUAUAGUGCAGCAGCAGCACCCAGCCCAGUGAUGGGCAACAUGCCUCCCAACGAUGCCAUGCCAGGUGGUCCCAUGCCCCCAGGCUUCUUCCAGGGACCACCCGGCUCUCAGCAGUCCCCCCACGCACAGCCCCCCCCACACAACCCCAGCAACCCCAUGAUGGGACCCCACGGCCAGCCUUUCAUGUCUCCACGGUAUCCAGGUGGACCACGCCCCUCCCUCCGAAUGCCAAAUCAGCCUCCUGGAGGAAUCCCAGGAUCUCAGCCACUCCUGCCAAACAGCUUGGACCCAACAAGGCCGCCAGGACAUCCUAACAUGGGUGGACCAAUGAGAAUUAAUCCUCCCAGAGGAAUGGCCAUGGGCCCACAGAAUUAUGGUGGCAUGAGGCCUCCUCCCAACUCCAUGGGUGGUCCUAUGCCAGGAAUGAACAUGGGUCCUGGAGGAAGGGGGCCUUGGCCAGGGCCUAAUGCUAAUUCUAUAGCGUACUCCUCCUCAUCUCCUGGAAAUUAUGUGGGUCCUCCGGGCGGAGGAGGUCCACCAGGAACUCCCAUCAUGCCCAGCCCAGGUGAUUCAACUAACUCCAGUGAAAACAUCUACACAAUGAUGAAUCCUAUUGGACCAGGAGGGAACAGACCCAAUUUCCCUAUGGGACCGGGGCCUGAUGGGCCUAUGGGAGCUAUGGGCGCCAUGGAGCCGCACCACAUGAAUGGAUCACUAGGGUCAGGGGAUAUGGAUGGGUUGCCAAAGAGCUCUCCUAACAACAUGGGGGGCAUGAACAACCCUCCUGGAACGCCGAGAGAUGACGGCGAAAUGGGCGGCAACUUUUUGAACCCAUUCCAAAGCGAAAGUUAUUCACCCAACAUGACGAUGAGUGUGUGAUUUUAUUAUUUUUUCCCCUUUUUUGUAUUUUUUUGUUUCUUCCUCCUUUUUUGUGUCCCUGCACCUGAUUUUUAUUUGGUUUUUUUAUUUUUUAUUCUUUAUUUCAAUCCUUACUUCACCUCGGAUUGGACCACCUCCCUUCUUUACACACACACAUACACACAUAUACACACCCUCUGCACCCUUCCCUAACGGGACCCACUUCCACCCAACCUGCCACCCUCUUUUCCUCCUCUCAAUCGGGAACUCAACGGCCACGCAGCCUUCUGGGACCCCCCUCGAGCAUGCGGGGACUCUGAUUAAGACGGGCCCUCCUGGAGCAUGCAAAAUGGCUGCAGGUGUGAAUAGGAAGCAGUCACAGAGCAACAGGAAGAGCCUCCUCUCUGACUCCGGCCCCAGCCUCUCUGGCUUCCUGUCAGGAUCUAGACAAUGAGCGGGCGAAGGAGGACAUACAGAGAGAAAGAGGGAGAGAGGAGACUGGAUUAAAUAGCCCUCCCUCAUGGACGCAGAUGCCUGGAAGCUUCUCAAACACAACUUUGGAUUUUUCUUUUUUAAAAUCAUCUUUUUUUUUUUUGCUGAUCCUGAUGGAUUCGUUGGUGGGUCGGAUGAAAAGUCUCCUCUGUCUCCCCACAUUGUUUUCCAUGUGUGUACAUUUGUAACAGAGGUGUUGUGAUGACCAGUGAACAUGUUUUUCCUUUUUUUUUUUUUCUUUUUUUUUUUGUGUAUGUAUUGUAUCAUUGCUAUUUUUAUUAUUGUAUUAUUGUUGUUAAUGAUAUUGGUAUGACCAGUUUCAGAUUAGGUUGUAAUUUCUGUUUUUACGGGCACAUUAUUAUAAUGAAGACAGCAUAUGUGCACACAAGUCAGACAUAACUUGCUGCAUAACAUGUGGCUUUGUGUUGGCACCCACUGCCCCCUGCAGGUAAGAUUUCAUCCAACAUGGUACUGAUUACUUAAAAAAAAAAAAAAAAUUUAAAAAAAGCAUUUUAAAAGGUCUAAAUUUUAAAACUUCCUGUUCACCAGCAGAAGCAUCUCCUGCUUUAGUAGCUUCCUUGCAGUGAAAUGCACAGCUCUAUUUAUUUAUGUUAUUUUCAUUUGUUUAUGAAUCAUUGUUACUUUUUUAAUUUUAAUGUGUUAUCCCUGGUUUAUAUCAACUGCAGAACUAGUAGCAACUGUGUAAAUAUACAGAUCCAUGCCCCAGCGUCUUGUCAUCUCCGUCAGGCAUUAUCAAAUCACUCCAUUUGAGUCCCAAAGUUGCUGAAGUUAGGUUACUCUUUACUCCACGUGUUACUGUCUGCUGACAUGUAGUGAACAGUUGUUUUUCUAUUUGCAGAUAAAUUCCCAUCACACUGUGAUGUAAGUUUAUUUUUCCACAUCUGUCGGUUUAGCUUGCAGACUUUUGCCUUUCACAGUGAUCCUUUUUAUUUUUUUAUUUUUUUUUAAAGUGGUGAAAGAACUUCCAGCUAUUUUCUGAUUGGAUCCUCAGUGUUUACAUGUUAGAGAAUAGCAGGUGGAGAAGAAGCGAGGCAUUGCUCUGUGGUCUGUAUUAGUUGGGAUUCUUCCUCUAUCCUCCUAAAUUUACUCUAAUCUCCAUUCGGACAGCAUUCACACACAGACAUUCAGUCACACACCGACCCCUCCUCUAAUUUAAUUUUUUGUACAACUCUCCAUUUUGGGUUUAAUUUCUUUCUUUUUUUUUUUUGUAAAUACUGUAAAAUGCAUUUUGAUAUCAUUGACAUGUUUUGAUAUUUCAAAUCACAACUCAACAGUUGAUCAGAAACAUGCUGAUAUGGGCAACUGUGUGUAAUUGUUCAGAGAUGGCGUGUCUUCUACUCGGAAAUAAUAUGAAUGACGAGAAACUGGAGCUGCUAUAGACAAAUAUGCUAUUUCACUUCAUCACAGACAGACGUGAGGCUUUACACUUCAUCCGAGUUGUGACAAGGGAGGAAAUCCUUUGCAGAUGAAUGUGGGAUAAAGUUGAUGCGCACACAUUUCCCUGAAAACUCAUCUUAAUAUUAAACACAGUUCUCCCUCCUCUUUUUGGAAACUUUUGAAAGGACAGAAAAAAAAAUUACAAAAUGAAAAUAUUUUUGCCAUUUCUGACAGAAUUUGCAGUUCAGCUUCUUUUGACACAACUGAAACGGAAAGCAGAGCACACAGGACACUGGCUCACUGGGGACCAGAGUACAUGCUUUACUAUGAAGGAUUUUUUAAAAACUUAUUUAAAAUUGGGCACGAGAUGUUAAAUAAAAGGAAUAAAAAUAAUGGGAGAAAUUUGUUGCUGAGAAGAGGUGGAGAGAGCGCAGGAACAUGUACUCUGUAAUCCUGUUGUAUAAAAUGCAGUCCAACUUCUCUCUUUCUGUCCUGUAAGUAAAGCCGUCACAGCGUUGAUCAUUUCUGUAUUUCUAUCGUGCUGAUGUAUAAUACUGUAACAUUCAGGGGUAGGGAGGGUUAAGAGGACUUUGGGGGGUUGAAAGUAAAGAUUUUUCUGUUCGGUUCCUCAUUUUUCCUCUUGAUGACAAAGCAGUAUUGAAUAUGAGGCAGUCUGUCCUUGGGGAGUUGCUUUGUAUCUCAUGUUAGGGUAGUUCCAGAUCCUAAAUGUCUUGUGUAGUAAAAAUAAGAGGUUCCUUCGUAUGUUCCUUUAUCUUGUAAAGUUUCUUUAGACAAAAAAAAGUUGCUUAUUGGAAAAAAAGGUGGGAAAUCUGCAUUGAUAAUUAAUGUAUUUUAUUAUUUUUUGUUUUAAUUUUCAUCAAUUUGUCAGUCGUUUUUUGCCUGUGUCCCCCUUGUUGUAGAUACAUAUUAAAAACAAAUAAAAUGACUUCACUCCU